AUGGCGGGAAACCAGAGCCAACGUCCACGACACGUGGAAUCGUCUGUGUUGCCCAACCUCCUACUCCUCGACCCCGGCCCCGACCGCGACCAAGUGUUGGAUUGGCUCCGUGUCCUCUCCUCCCCCUCCCCCAACGACCAGCUGCAGCUGGCGCUUUACGAGGUCGCGGACCUCGAGGCCAGAGAAGCCGAGCUCCUCGCUCGCACCAACUCGGCCUCGGCCUCCAUCGCGGUCCUUCGGGACGAAAUCGCCGCCACCAGCGGCAGAAUCCGAGUCCUAGACUCGUACGUCGAGAUCCCCGGCGGCUACCAGCGAGAGCCGACCUCGGACAACGUCCGGCUCGUCUCCCAGAGCCGCGCAGAGAGCCGGUUCCUGCUCCAGCACCUGCAGGCCCUCCAGAUACGCCUAUCUGCCGCAGAGAUCGAGCGUGGCCGUGCCCAGUUCGAGAUCGACCAAGACGUAUUGUGCCUCCUCCUCCUCCCCCUCCAGUGCCUGUUGCGCCUGCGGCCGUAG